UCCGGCUUCUGGGUUCAAAUGCGGACCCCGGCGCUCUUAGCUGCCCACUUCCUGGGCUGGCGACCUCGGACUUGCUGAGUCAGGACUGGACAGCGGCGGCCGCAGCGCGGCCCGAUUUGCUGCAGUCCUAAUUGCGAGGGCUCCCUUAGGUUGCCCCCCUUCCUCAGCUCAGUUAAGUGAUUCCCUGCCUGGUGGUGAGGAGGCUGAUCAGCUUUUUCUCAACCCCCUCCCUUCUGUUUCGACACAGCCCGAGAAGGGAAUGGGGUAGGAAAGAAGCCGAGCCGAGACUGUACUGUGGGGCUGAUCUCUGCUGCUCUCCGUCGUCGCCGCCGAAGGGAGAGGGGACUGUUCCCUCCGUUUCCCCUCCGGACCUCCAUUCCAGCAGCUUGGGGGUUUGUCUCUUUGCCCACUGCAUAAUCCCUGGUCCAAGUUAGCGGAGGGGAGAGAGCGAUCUCUGCUUCCUCUGAGGAUCCGGGGCAAGAGUUUUUCCAGACUUGAAAAAAACCACAAAUCUUGACAACUGAGGCUGGCUCCAUGUAUCCAGAAUCGACCACGGGCUCGCCAGCACGGCUCUCCCUACGACAGACAGGCUCCCCAGGAAUGAUUUACAGUACUCGAUACGGGAGUCCCAAAAGACAGCUCCAGUUUUACAGGAACCUGGGGAAGUCCGGGCUGCGGGUCUCCUGCCUGGGCCUCGGAACAUGGGUGACCUUUGGAGGCCAGAUCACGGAUGAGAUGGCAGAGCAGCUGAUGACGCUGGCUUAUGAUAAUGGAAUCAAUCUGUUUGACACGGCCGAAGUCUACGCUGCUGGAAAAGCUGAAGUCGUAUUGGGAAAUAUCAUUAAGAAGAAAGGAUGGAGACGAUCUAGCCUGGUCAUCACAACCAAAAUCUUCUGGGGAGGAAAAGCAGAGACCGAGAGAGGCCUGUCCAGAAAGCACAUAAUAGAAGGUCUGAAGGCCUCUUUGGAGCGGCUGCAGUUAGAGUAUGUGGACGUGGUAUUUGCCAACAGACCCGACCCUAACACUCCCAUGGAAGAGACUGUCCGAGCCAUGACGCACGUCAUCAACCAAGGAAUGGCCAUGUACUGGGGCACAUCCCGCUGGAGCUCCAUGGAGAUAAUGGAAGCCUAUUCAGUGGCUCGGCAGUUUAACCUGAUCCCACCAAUUUGUGAACAAGCUGAAUAUCACAUGUUCCAGAGGGAGAAGGUGGAGGUGCAGCUUCCGGAGUUGUUCCACAAGAUAGGCGUGGGUGCAAUGACCUGGUCUCCUCUGGCAUGUGGGAUUGUUUCUGGGAAGUACGACAGCGGGAUCCCACCCUACUCCAGAGCCUCGCUGAAGGGGUACCAGUGGCUGAAGGACAAGAUCCUGAGUGAGGAGGGCCGGCGGCAGCAGGCCAAGCUGAAGGAGCUCCAGGCCAUCGCCGAGCGUCUGGGCUGCACCCUCCCCCAGCUGGCCAUCGCCUGGUGUCUGAGGAACGAGGGCGUCAGCUCGGUGCUGCUUGGAGCCUCCAACGCAGACCAGCUAAUGGAGAAUAUCGGUGCCAUCCAGGUCCUUCCCAAAUUGUCAUCCUCCAUCAUCCACGAGAUCGAUAGUAUUUUGGGCAAUAAACCCUACAGCAAAAAGGACUACCGCUCCUAAUCCCCCCUCCCCUCCCCCAGACCUGCCUGGACAGUCCCCGUCCCCCUCCCAGCCUCCUGUCCGCUCGCUUAAGCCAUUCCCGAAGCAAGGUGAAGCCUGUGCUUGUGCAUCCAAGAACACGCGUCGAGACGUCCUCGGGAAGAUCCUUCAGACAUUACUGUGAGACCACAUUCGCUGCUUUCCUACAAUAAAAUUUAUUUCGUGCUCAAGAAACGGCCCGCGCGGGGAAGGCUCCUCCUCCGGGGCUCCACGCUUCGUGGCUGGUCUGCUCAGCUCCGCCGCCGCCCGGAGGAGGCCUAGAACUGGUGGUGGCGUCGGUCAGAGGCCGGCGCAUUCUCCCGGGAGGAGCCCCCUCCGAGCGUGUCCGCCAGCUCGUCACUCGCACGCACGCAGUGGAUUUGUGGAGGGACCUUCUCCUGAGAACCUGGAAGGCCCAGGGCUUCCAGAACGCCCCCCCCCCUUAUUCUCAGUUCUUUGGUUUCUCAGCAGAAGGCUGACCCAGGUUUGGAGAGUUCGCUUCCCGCCCCCAGCCCACCCUCACCCCCCCCACUCCCUCCAGCAUAAAGUCUCCCUCUUCUCCCGGCCUCCUGCUAAGUAAGGUUAGAGUGGAUCCAGGUCUUCUGAGAAAAGAAAAAUUGUAUCCAAGGGGCCCCUUAAACACGAGCCUGUGCAGGAGAGAGACCCCGGUCCGGGAGUCCGGAAGAAGUCCAGCAGCCGCGGCUCCUCAGCGUAGGAGAGAAUGGCCGCCGUCACCAGAACCGACACUUUCCUCCGCUGGAUGAUGGCCAUGAGAGCACAGCCGAGGCUCGGACUCUCAGCAAGGACCGCAGCGGCUGCCUGGUGAGAAGUGACGCCCCCUCGGGGACCCCAGGCCGGGCGCCCCAGCCCCUCUCUCACACGACCCAGUUAGCUCUCCCUCGCCCCCAAGCUCCAGCUGCCUUCCUGGUGGAGACCCUGGCUCCCCCGGGGCCUAGCCCGAAGCGGGGCGACAGGCAGCAGUACCGCCCACUCUGAGGAGUCCAGGUUUGGGGUUCCGGGUCGUACCUUUUGGGACUUCACACAGACACAGACUUCCACACUCCCUUGCCCCGUCCUACAACCCUUGGCCGGGGUGGGCAGCCCAGACAAUAAGGAACCCAACCCCCACCCCAGUGGGACUUUGCUGGGACUUUCUCAGGCAUCCAUUCCCACUUCCGGUUUCUAAGGGGCUGCCAUUCCCAGACUUCCCCUCUCUGACCCCCACAAGUUCAGGAGGAGCCGGGCAGGUGACCCUGUGCCCAGGUGACCAAACCCCACGAGAUGUCAGAAUCUUGUCUGUCCCCCAGGAGCGAGGCUGGCCCUCAAUCCCCCCCACCCAGACUCCCAGCACCCCCCCCACCCCGAGAGCUUUGUCCCGAGUAACCAGAGGCAGUGGCCAUGAGAUGGGGGGGGGGGGUGUCACCUUCUGAACAACCGCGGUCCAGACUCAGGCUCGUUGGCGGCCAGCGCCGCUUUGUUAGGUGGUCCCUGUAUGUCGGGCCCCAGACCGUGAGAAGGGACAGACCAGGCCGGAGCCGUUCCCGAAGCUGCCCGGCACACCUAGCCGUGGGGACGCUCAUACCCGCUGCCCCCGUUCCUGCCGUCUCUGAGCAGUGCCCGCAGUAAAACUGCCUCCAUGCCCCGAAUGUCCCAGAAUCUGAGCUGAGAGGGACCCCCUGUCCCAAAGGGCCAAGCAGCCCGAGGGGCACAACUCGGGACCCCCAGGAGCCCAGAUUGGCUCUGUGCCCAUCGCUGACCAGUGAGUGUCCCCGUGUGCUGGGCACAUGGUGGCAAAGGCUAGGGAUACUGGGGCAAAGGAAACACGUCGGACCAGCCCAAACACAAAGUGCGGUUCCGGGCUCGCCGCAGAGGGGUGACGGGAGCUGUGAAGGGUGAGGUGGGCAUGGUGAAUUAGCAAGCGAGAGUGCCCGGAUGUUGCCAUCACAAGGCAGGGGCUUUGGGGGGCAUCCCCCACACUUGAGGGGUCCCCUAGCCCUCAGGCCUUCUCUCCCAGCACUGACUUGGUGGCUUUUGAGGGACCAGGAUCUCCAGGCCCGGGGAAGCUAGUCUCCCACAAGGGCAGAGGGAGGAUCAGCUUCCCUGGACUGACCAGCUUCAACCCAUGGAAUCUCAAGGGGAGAAGGAACCCAGCUUUCCAGGAUUGUGGCCAGGAGGGAGUCCCAGCAGUCUGGCCAGGGAGGACCCUCAGGGAGAGGAGGAAAACCCCCCGGGAAAACCCAUGUCCUGAGGAAAGGCCCAGCGGGUGCCAGUGAUGACCGGCACUCUCAGGAUCAGAACCGGGGGGGGGGGGGGGCGGCGGUGAAUGGGCCAGCCCAGGGAUCCUGGGGUCUUUUGGUGUCAUGGACCCCUUGGGAAGCUCACGGAGCUCAUGAGGCAGGAUCACGAGAGAGGGAUCUCAGGCCAGAGGAGUGACCCCAGGUUGGUCGCCCCUGAGCCCAGCUGCCCCGGGAAUUGCUUUGGCUUCCUCUGGUAGAUGAAGAACUUGGCCCAGAGGCCGGCGGGGUCCGGCCCACAGAUCACAGCCCUGUUACAGGUCGGGUCCUUGGGCUGGUCCUGAAGGGUGUCAGUUCUACAUCAGCCAGAACCAAAUGAGCCUCCAGGUGGCAAGAGGGCCCCUGCUGGUGCCAGGGGAACAACCCGCCCUGGCCCUGAACCCACCUGUGGCGGGCUGACCUGGGAUUGGGAGCGCUCAGCCAGGCACAGGAAGCAGCCCCCACCUUGGGCACAGGUGCAGGAAGAGUCCCCCCCACCCUGUCAGGUACAGGUGCUGGAAGCAGCCCCCCUCAGGCUCAAGUAGUGGGGGUCCUGAGGGGGUGAGAAUGCUGGGACAAGAGGCACUUCAGAGUCCAGAGCCCCUCCCGGAGAGGGAUGUUUCUUCCUUUGUGGGCACAGGUCAGGGGGGAGGGGAGUCAGCUCUCACCCCGAGUUCUGGUUCUUGCACACUCCCGCCUUCCUUAAAAAUGGCCAGUGGGUGCAAGCAGGCGGGAAGGGGGCCCGGGGCGUGGCCGUGCCCUCUGAGCAGCUCUGCCCUGGGAGGGCCUUUAAGUCUUGGGGCUCCCACCCCCGGGUCUGAACCCAAAUCUCUGCAGAAGCCAUUCAGUGGGGGCCGCUAGCCUUUCUUGUGUCUGUCUGGGGUCACCCCCCCAGUGGGCCAGGCCUUUGGGGGCCUCCUCAGAACCAUCUCUAAAUGCACAAAAUUGCGCGGGGAGAUUACGGGGAAUCAGCCGGACUGGAGGGAAGGUGUCACUUUUCCCCUCAGAAUUCUGGGAGCCCUGGAGACCCCAGAGGGCGGAGGAUCUCCGGUUAAGAGCCUCAGAGGGAUCGGAUUAAAUGUUCCCAGAGACAGAGGAGUCCAGGGUUGGGAGGCCAGGUCACCCAUGGAAAGGCCGGGCAGGGCUGGGCGCGCCUCCCGCCCCCACCGUUCUGCAACCCUCAAGUUACCCAUCCCCGCACUCCCACGGCCUCCCAGCGGGGGGCGCCUUUCCAAACCUGGGUCUCCCCAAGUUCCAAGAGGGGCUCGUUCUCAUCUUCUGUUCUCUUCCUGUCAUGUAAAUAACGUGCUCGGACUUGGGUUUUCUCUCUAAUAAGCGUCAUGUAUGUACGGGCACGCGCAUAUACGGACAUAUGUCUACACACGGAUGUCAGCCGGUUUCCAAGCUAACUGCGUCACCUGUCUAGGCCCAAACCUCCAUAGAACAUCGCGCUUCCAAGUGAAGAUUCGGACUGAGCUCCGGCUCUUGUAUUUAUGGAAUGAAAAAUAAAAUAGAAGCCUUAUUGA